AUGGUGGCCAGCACUAGCGUUCGAGAGUCACCACCGCCGGUCACUAGAAGCGAUCGUGGAAUGCCCAAUGCCGCAAUAAUCUCCCCGCCUGACUCGUCCAGCGACGACGAAGACCUCCCAGAAAUCCGGGGCAGGCAAAUUGAGAACCUGAAGGAGUUGCACGAAGCUAUCAGUCAAAUUCCACAACAGAGGGCUAGCUCGCCGACCAAGAACAGCAUCGCCAAAAAGGAUGCAUCUGUUGCAGGUGAUCUGCUCGUCCUCCCAUCCCAGGCGAGCGCUAUAGCCGAAGGUAUGCAUAUCAGUUUCAGCACCGGCUCGCUAAACGAACUCGCCGUCGCGGGGAACAGAAGAUUCUCGCACGCGAGAUCGGCUACCGAGCCAAACGUUGCAAUUAGCGAAUCUCCCAGAAGCUCGUUAACAGGGUCUGAAGAGGAUUCCGACGAGGAGAUGCUCAGGAAGCCUCAGAUGGUUCGGAAGAAGUCUGGAGAACUCGUUCGCCCUGCACUCCGCCCUCCUUCGCGUCGGCGACCGUCGAGUAUGCCAGGUACUCCCACCUUCUCAAAGAUGGUACACUUUGACUCGCACCUCGAGCACGUUCGCCAUUUCCUCCAAGUUGACCGUCCCCUUGCCGUAAGCACUGGAACAUCGCCCGUCGAUAACUACGAGAGCGACAACGAGUACCCGUUCGGGGGAGACCAAUUGGCAGCCAAGGUACCGCCUUUCGAGUGGGAUAUCGCUGUGACCAACUUUCCAGCCGAGACGCCGGCUCGGACGGCUCUGGCAGUCCGCCUUGAACGGGUUUGGCUCUCAAGUGACCAGAAGUGCCUAAUUGGGUCGAUCGAUGUGGCCAAUCUCGCCUUCCAGAAAACCGUCACAUGCAGAUUCACGCUCGAUUAUUGGAAGACGACAUCUGAGGUUGCUGCCGAGUACAUGUGCGAGAUUCAGCCAGCCCAGAAACCUGUCGGCCACGAUAGGUUCAACUUUACCAUCAAGCUUUCCGACACGGCUAAUCUCGAAUCCAAGACGUUGUACUUUUGCAUCCGAUACACCGUCAAUGGACACGAAUAUUGGGACAACAAUGGCGGUUGCAACUUCCAGGUCGACUUCCGGAAGAAGAUGCUUCCACAAAACGGCAAGAAGGGCGUUAUCGGUGCCGCCUCGCGCCCUGCGAAUGGCCUACCCAAGAGCACUCGUCGUUUGACCCCGCCCGCUGUCUCGAAGCCGAAGGUGCCUGGGACCGUCGGCGAUGACUUUGGUACAGGCCCGAAGCCGAGCUUUGAUCAGUCAAUCCACGACUAUCUUGGAGAGUCCGGGCCUACAAGUCUCAGACUGAAAGGCGUGAGGACGUCUGCCAACCUUGCGAGCGACAACCUCUCAAGCCGACUUUCGGCGCCGAGCGGUCAGGCUUUCGCCAACCGCUACGACUUUGGCGCCUCGUUGACGGCCGCCAUUCAAACCGCCAAGGAUACACUAACAGGAAAGCCCGAUGGCCUCUACAUGAAACCAAACCGGAGACCCGCCAUGCCUGUCGUUAAUACCUCCAGCGACACAGUCAGGCCCGGCCCAACGGCUAAGAGCGCUCCGGUCAAGCCAACCAUCAACGCCGACGGGGAUUCCCCAAGCCCAAGCAUCGCUACGGCAUCGUAUGAGGAGCUGGUCAACAAAUACUGCUUUGAUGGCGGUCUGCGCCCCGGUCGCUUUGAUGGACCUGAGGACGCCGCUUCUAAGAGUACCACUAGCAGCAGUACGGCAAGCUCCGAUGGUAGUCCUGUCCAGAUGGGUAAUUAUCACCAUUCACACAGCGGUAUCCAGCACCACUCGCUACACCCUCUGGACCCGAACCCCUACUUCCAUCACGCAACAUCGUUCAUACCCAUCGGGGCCUCGCCCUCUGAAUCGCCACUCACCAGCUUCAGCUCCCAGCGUACGGGAAGCCCCUUGACGACGCAGUCGGGACAGGUUGCCGGCCGGUCGUCCUCCCCAGCGACGUUAGUAGGCAGCUUCGGCCCCUUCGCUGGUACGUCGCCGAAUGAGUAUCCAUACCAGCACUUGCACGAUCGUUUCCCGUUCUCUAGCGCGGACGCUCAUUCUGCGACAGCGAUUAGGGGCUGA